GUGCCAACGUGCCCCUGGGAAAAGUGGAUGUGCUCCUGCCCAUCAAGGUCAGAGGAGGCCCCACAUUCCAGGUCCGCCUCCGUGCCAUGGUGGCUGAGCCGUCCCUCUGCGUGUCCAGGGACAGGCUGGAGUUCUCUGCUGUCCAGUGUGGGCAGUGCCAGGAAGAAACCAUCCAGCUCCACAACACGUUCCAGGUCCCCUGUAAAUGGUCCAUCAGCAUGACUGAUCCUGUUGAGGAGGUGGACAAACAUCUGCCAGGGAGCGAGCACCAGAAGCUGCUGGAGGAGAUGAAGUCUGUGCCCUGUGGCUUUGAGGUGCUGCCCUCAGCUGGAAGCCUCGCUCCAGGACAGCAGUGCCAUGUCCAAGUCCGUUUUUCACCCACGGAAGAGAAGUGCUACCGGGGCGAGCUGCAGAUCCAGGUUUGCCAGAGCAGCCAACGCCUGCAGGUGCCGGUCUUGGGACGUGGUCUGGAGCCACGGCUGGAGUCCAUCCCCGCAGAGCUGGAGCUGGGACCGCUGCUGCCCCAGAGCCAUGGGGAAGAGGGGACAGUGGUGGUGAAGAAGCCCUGUGAGGUUUACUCAGUGCAGUUUGAGCAGCAGCACCUUGCUGAGGAGCAGCCCCUACAGACACCGAAAAAUGACAACAGCCCCAACAGCUUGUUGCUGCCUCCGUGUGCCCCGGGAGAGAAGCUGACUGAUGAGGCCCAAGGAAGGGGAAUAAAAAUGAAGGUUGACGUUGUGGAUCCACCAGGAAAGGUGGUGAAGCUGGGAAACGUCUGCAUUGGACAGACGGUGAAGAAGAUGGUCACCGUAGCCAACAAGAGUGCAGCCCCUCUCACCUUUAAGCUGAGGGUCACUUCCACCGUGCCAGAGUUGCAAGAAGCUGGGGUUCUGUGCUUGAAGCCCAGCAAGGAUCUAAAGCUGAAGGGCAGAGGAGACACCUGCAAAGUGGAGGUGACCUUCUCCCCGAAGCGCCGCAUGCAGCCGUUCAGCGGGGAAGUGCUGCUGGAGUGCCGCGGGCUGGUGCGCUCCCUCUGUGUGGUGCGGGGCUCCUGCCAGGGCAGCCUCGUGAGCCUGGACCAGGACCAGCUCAGCUUUGGAGCCGUGGUGCAGCAGAGCUACACGUGCCGGCGCGUCGUCAUGCGGAACGCGGGCGACAUGAGAGUCAGGUUUAUGUGGGACGUGGAGAGCUUCAAGCCAGACUUUUCCAUCAGCCCCACAAAGGGUUACAUCAGCCCAGGGAUGGAUGUCCCCUUGGUUGUGACCUUCCGCCCCUCGAAGCUGAGCCAGGCUGUCCAGUACGAGGGGCUGCGGUGCCUCAUCCAGGGCAGUGAGGCGCUGCGGCUUACGCUGGCAGGAUCCUGCGUGGAGGCCCCUGGCCCCAAAGAGGGCAGGAACUGA